CAUGCAGAUUCAAUUCAAGAAAAUAUUUGUUUGUUUACUUGCUUGUAUCUAAAUCUCGAGCACCCAACAACCGCGAUGUUCAGCUUUCGCAAUGAAGUUCUUUGGGUCACUUCACGAAGAACAAGCAAAGCCUCUCUGGGAAGUUGAGAAGGAAUCUGUUGGUUCGGCCAUGCACUCAUGUUUUCUUAGAUGUGAGAGCGACCAGCACUGCUUCGGGAUCGAGAUUUGCACGAUACGACCAGACUUGUCACGGUGCAGGGGAUGUUGUGAGUGGUACGUGGUUGACAAAGAUGGAGGUUUCCCCAUAAAUGCUACCGACGGUUGCAAAUAUUAUGAGAUGAGCAAAGAUACAGUGGGAUCAAGAGGGACAAGAUUGUAUGCGAAUUCAAACAUGAAAGCAGUAGCAAGCUCAACACACAUGAACGAGCACCCAUCCUAUGUUCUAGAUGAAUUGUACGGCAAUGAGUGCAAAACAAUUAAUGUAUACAGUUCAGUAUAUGAAAAAAAACCAUGGUUAGAAGUGAUAUGGACCGGGACAAUAUCAAUUUGGAGAAUUAUUAUCUACAAUCGUUCCCAAAAUCAAGGUCACCGUUUGGUCAACUUAAACGUCACCUACAGUAACAACGGUGUCACCGGCAUUUGUGGCUUUUAUCCGGGUCUCCUGUCACGUGACGGUGAUAUCAUUCUGUUCUACUGCCUACCGGAAGCUCAUGCUACUUCAGUAAAACUCCAAAUCCAAUCAAAUCCGGAACAAACAAAUGUACUCAGUUUGUGUGAAGUUGAAAUUUACAGGAAAGGAUAAAUCCAGUAUUUGGUAAACUUAGUUUAAACAAUACUUUGCUAGAAUUGGUACUACUAUCAAUUUUAAAAUAGUUUCAAUAUAAUUGUUCUCAGUAUAUUGGUCGGGUUAGGGACACUUUGAAAAA